AGUGCACUUUCCUCAUAUUUAUAGUGUAAGGAUGGACCGGUUCAUGGGGACGUGGAAACUGACCUCGAGCGACAACUUUGACGAGUACAUGAAGGCAGUCGGUAUCGGCUUUGCCUCCAGGCAAAUCGCUAACAUGGCCAAGCCAAGCCUUUUAUUCAGCGUGGACGAUCAGGGGGUCUUCUCCAUGAAGUCCAUGACCACCUUCAAGACCGUGGAAAUAAAGUUCAAGCUGGACGAGGAAUUUGACGAGAUCACAGCAGACGACCGGCAGGCGAAGACUGUUAUGAGCCUGGUGGACGGUAAACUGGUUCAGACGCAGUCGUGGGAGGGAAAGAGCACGACACUCGAGAGGGAGAUUCAGGACGGGAAACUGAUAGUGAAGUGUGUCAUGGAUGACGUGGUGGCCGUGAGGACGUACGAGAGAGAAGAGUGACCCGCUGUUAAAGAACAGUGUCCCGACACACUCCGGUCAGACUGCGACAGCUCCACCGAUGAACGCUUUCAAACACUAAUUGUGAAUUCUGUUGAAGGCAGCACUGUUGUCUGUUCUCAUUGCUUUAUGAACGCUACAAAAGAGAAGAUGAAUAAAAAUCAAUAAA